UAGAAAACAAACAAGAAACGGUAGACAGCAUGCAUGAGAUAGAGGGCCAGGGAAAAGCUUGGGGGGGAGGGGGACUAUUUAUAACUGCCGAAACAGAACCCUUUACAUGUGCUUCUGUCUGUCAUAUUGACCAACUGACAGACAGACACAAGUUCUCUACUUUUCUCUUGUCACCUUGCUCUAUCCUGUCUUCCUCCUUGGGCAGGUUGACUGUCCUUUCAUUCAAGAAGAUUGUGCUUGUUUUUUUAUAAACUAAGAAGCGGUUGAUUCUUGAGAAUUCUUCACCUGUCUCAUCCAUCUGGAUCUUCUAUAAACUCUACUGGGAUUCUAUUUUCUCCUCUUUUUUUUCCAUUAUUGCCUCGCUUUCCCCCCCCCCUCGUUUAUAAUACUUCACCCCGCUUCACUCCUCUUUUUCCUCCCAUCUCCCCAUUUCUCCCUCUCUUCUCAUUUCCGGGCUAUGCGCUAUGCUCUCCUCUCCUACUGUGAUUCUUCAGCCUUAUGGACUGCCUGUAUACCCACAGGGCUACCCCAGCUUAGUUCAGGGCGGACCAGCCCAGGAGGCUGGUCUGGGUAGUGGUGACCCCUCCCUGCCCCAGGUCUAUGCCCCGCCUCCCUCUUACCCACCUCCAGGACAAGCUCCUCCCACACCCACAGGCAGACUCCCUCCUUUGGACUUUGGUGGCGCCCACCCAGGAGCAGAGUACCAAGAACAUCACCAGCUCAGAGUCUAUCAGGGCCCACAGCAUGAGGGGGCGGAGACACUGGCAGCCAAUAGCGCGGACGACUCUCUAGCUCAAGUGACCUCUGACCCCCAGUCUCUGACUGUGGCUGUGUCAUCUGGAGGCGGAGCGGGGAGUGGCAGUGAUGAAGAAGGCUCUGGAAAGGCCCAGCCCAAGCGGCUGCACGUGUCCAAUAUCCCCUUCCGCUUCAGAGACCCAGACCUUCGCCAGAUGUUCGGGCAAUUCGGCAAGAUUCUGGAUGUGGAGAUCAUCUUCAAUGAGAGAGGUUCAAAGGGCUUUGGGUUUGUCACCUUUGAGAGUGCGAUGGAGGCGGAUCGAGCUCGGGAAAAACUCAACGGAACAAUUGUAGAGGGGAGGAAGAUCGAGGUAAAUAAUGCUACAGCCAGAGUUGUCACCAAGAAACCCCAAACACCCAUUGUAAACGGUGAGGUUCCAGCCCCUGGAUGGAAGAUUAACCCUGUAAUGGCAGGGAUGUAUGCGCCUGAACUUUACACUGUGGCUAGCUUCCCGUACCCAAUGGCAACGCCCACACUGGCCUAUCGCGGCUCUGCCCUGCGUGGGCGGGGCCGAGCUGUCUACAAUACAAUUCGCUCUGCAGCAGCAGCCACGCCCACCGCCGUUCCUGGCUACCCUGGAGUGGUAUACCAAGAUGGACUCUACGGAGCUGAAGUCUAUGGGGGUUAUCCUGCAGCGUACAGAGUGGCACAGGCGGCAUCUGGAGCCACGGCGACCUACAGUGACGGAUAUGGCAGAGUGUACGCCACUACCACAGAUCCCUACCACCACUCAGUGGGACCCACAACUACAUAUGGAGUUGGCACGAUGGCCAGUUUGUACAGAGGAGGAUACAACCGCUUUACCCCUUACUGAGCCAACUAGUUGGAGAAAAGGUGUCUCUCUAAAACUGCACCCCCUUCCCUGGAACCGGCUGAUCACUCUGACACAGAGCCUCUCUUGUAAUAGAAGAAGCAGGCGAUGACAAUAGAACCGACAGGAUAUGACAUCAUGAUAUGCUGGAAAAUUCCUGUCCACAUCUUUUCCCCUGAGAAAAAAUGAACUUUGUAAAUACUGAUGGACCCUUUUACUAUUUAUUCUAUAAGAAAAUACAUACAAUUUAAAGGAUAUACAGUAUAUAGUUAUUUAAUCAGAAACUUAUAUUGAAUUUGCAUUGGUUGUGCCACAGAAAUGUGGCCAGGGUUGAAGGGUAUUUAGAUUCUGCCCCCCCCCCCCCCCCAUUCUUUAAACAAUGCUCCCUUGACAAGUCUGUUACUUGAUGACUUGAUAACAUAAGUUCAACAAGGUUGGUAAUGAUACACGUUUUUGUCAAUGGGAGAAUUCUAGUUAUUUUUCAAGAACCAGAUUGUAUAGCAACAUUUUAUACAGAGUUAAAAUACUUAUUUUUGAUGACACUGGUUUUGUCAUAAAUGUAGCACAAGUGUGUGUAUGUGGGUGUGUGGUUUUGUGUGUUUGUGAAAGACAGGCUGUGGGGUUGUGUCAUAAUUUUGAAAUAACCGAGCACAACUGAUGAGACACAGCAUUGACACUGAGUUAACUGACCCAAUAAUCCUCGUCAAAGCUUUUAGACAUUUUAGAAUGAGAACUUUGGUGUAGUUUGAAUUUGAUUUGCUUUCCUAACAAUCUACCUCUGACACUAAAACAGCUGAAUAUUCACCUACGUAUUCACAAGCAUACCUGUUGCUAAAUCUUUCACAAAAUCUUUUUUUAAUCUUUUCUGUAAACUCAAUGUUGAGUCACUUCCUGUCUAUCCUCCAUCAACUGCCUGAUGAGCCUGUUGCCACUAU